UAUUGCAGAGAGCAUGCCUGGACUACGCCACCUCCAACUUGUUGGGAACUCACUAACCAACACUGGCUUGACCGCCAUUCUUGAUGGUUGUCCUCACCUGGAACACCUUGACUUACGCAAGUGUUUCAACGUACGACUUGAAGGGGAUUUGGAGAAGCGAUGCUCCGAGAGGAUCAAAGAGUUGAGACGCCCCAGUGACUCAACCGCUGAUCACCCAUAUGGAUUUAACAUCGAGGAUUUAUUAGGCCCCAACAACUAUCUUUGGGAUGACUCAACCGCUGGUUACCCAUAUGGAACUAACGACUAUGAUUUAUCAGACGAUUGGGAUGAGUUCUACUGAACAAUGCAGAGGAUAUGUGGUUUUCGUAGUCUUUUCAGCUCGGUAUGUCGUUUGAACUUUGUGGAAGCUCUGCGAGCAGGGUCUUUAACUCUCGUUUAAACAAUGUUAUGAUGCUUU